UCAGUUAUAUCUCGGCAGCGAGAGCCGUUAGGCAUACGGGUAUUUCGAUGCGCGUUGUUCGUUCAAAAUCCUCGUGUAUCUUGAUGUAUUAACACCAGCAAAAACAUACGACAAAGUUUCAAUAACCGUAUCCUGUUGUCGAACGAAUUUGUAAACGAAUUCAUGUGUGAUUUCAUUUCUUGAAGUAAUCUCUUUCGAGAAUGUUUAUAUCGUUUACAGAAAAUCUUGUUGCCUAAGUCGAUUAAAUCAUGACAGUCGUUUCCUUGGAUUCUGAUGUGAUGACAUUUAUCAUGAUAUCGAGUGCAGUCGAUUCAUUUUCGCGGAUAAUCAAGUAUGAAUCUUCUUUUGCAAAAACGAAGAAUUUCAAGGUUAAGUACAGGAUCUGACACGUGAUUGUUUGAUAUGUAGUUAAAUCGUAUGCGGUACGAUUAUAUGUGUCAUUUUACAUCACAUACUGCAGUGAUUUCAAUCGAUCAAAUGAACUGGAUUUGAUGUUUAUUGAAUAUACCACGUGUCGGUAGUAUCGGUGGCGUGCAUGACCGGACGCAAUUACGAUCGAGACAUUAUAAUGAAUUAUGCAACAUCAUGUCAAUUCGAAGAUUAUCAAGUUUGGACGUUUUAUUUUCUCGUGUCAAUGCUUGGUUUGCGUUCAUUCAUUUCUUGUGACAUCCGUUGAAAACGUGAAUUGUGUAUCGAACGCCAUCACGAAAUGAACGAUGUGUUAUGACACGAUAUCGAUAAGUAUCUUAUAAAUGUGUUAAUGUGUUACACGAUCAUGUUCGUUUUAAGCACAAAAUUGUGAAAUCUCGGAAACGUUCGACUGAAAAAAUAUUAUUUCUUUAAAGUGAACGGUGAUUUAUCUAAUCCAUUUCGUGAAUUAUCGAACGGUAUGAAGUUUGAGGUUUGUUGCUUCGAUUCGUACGCGAAGUGUGUUGUUUCCUCUUAUUAACGCAUACGAAUACACGUGCCUUAUUUUUUGUACUCUUUUCAUCGUGCUGUCACGAAAAUCGUGUUCAAAGCAAAUAUCAUAUCAGUUGUUAAAAGAUCAUAAGCUCGAUUUAGGCGGGAAAGUAACGUUACUAGAACGAAUUCGAUAUCGAGUUUUUACUGCGCAACGUGUUCGCGUCGUUAUUUCUCGAGAUAGAGAUGUGGAGAUGGAAAUUUUAAUCAAACGAUCACGGUCAUGUGACUGACGGUUGUGAAUUCGAAUGCUGACUGUGAGUCAAGCUGUGAAAUUUUUACGCGAAAAAGUGACAAAGUGUAAAAAGUGACGGAAGAGUUUCGAAGUUAACCUCACAAGAGAAUCAAAAAUUGGAUAAUCGUCAUGGCUUACGUGCUCUGGCGGGUUUUUAUGAAGAGAUACUCGAAGGUGCGGCUUGGGCUCAGGAAUCUUCCUGUAAUACCGGCAGAGCGACGGGGCCCAGAGAAAGAGGAGACCUGGAGCCUGGCCCCGGACCAAAGCGACUCGCUCUUCGACGACGCGCCCGACGUGAAAGUUAAACCUUCGACCCAAGAUGUGGUGGACAAUCCGCAAUCUCGGAUCCUCGAUCCUGGCGAGGCCCAGCCAACCAACAAUCACCAACAAGAGCUGCACCUGGCGGAAACUGGAACGUUGCCACGAAGCCAGGAGACCAGGAAGAGCAAGACGAAAAAGGUGAAGAGUUACCUGAGGAAGUGCAAGGGUGCUCUGUCGAAAGGUGACGAGGUUCCCUCCGAGAAGAAGCGCCAGGAGCACUGUACCUCGUGGUAUCUGGACGAGUCCCAUCAAGAGGACGUCCAAAAACAGUCUGAAUUCCCGGACAACGAGAGGAUCGCGGAGGCGGAAGAGGCCUUGGAAGCGACCGAUCCUCUGACCGAUUUCUCGAAGGAGGUGGAGUUGGAGGCCAGUGACGAAACUCUGGCGAGGCUAGCCGAAGGUGGCGAGGUGAGGAGAAGCCGGACGUCGUUGUACGAGGAUGCCAGGGAUUCCAUGAACGACAGGGAGUCCGAGGGGAGCCGCUGCAAGCGCGACGACGCGACCUCUCUCGAGACCCUGACCACGGAGGAGAUCACGAAUUUGAACAAGUGUGACUCGAACGACACCCUGAUAGCUGCUGAAGUGGCCGUGGCCAGCGGCCCGCCCCUCGUCGAGGAGGGAAAGGAGGAAGAGGAGACGCUGGACGGCGAGACGCUGCGCGCCUUGUCUCUGUUCGGGGGCCGCGGAGACGUCGCGUCGUUGGUCCGGAACUUGCUCGGCCCGAUUUACGGCGAUGGCGUUAUCAAUCUGUUGAUAAGGCAGGCCCGGGACAUCCUGGUGUGCGCUUAUCACGGCAACUUGGAGAACUUCCUCAAAACUUAUCUGUCACCGGCCGCAACCCUUUUGGCGGAAGUGAAGUCGGCGGCCGCCUCUGAAAUGGGGAACGAGUCGGUGGUACCGGAAGGCUGGCCCCUGACGUUGGGCAGACGUGGCCUCGUCCUGCAGCUAGGAGAGCUCGAGGCCUCCGCGCUACGUCUCGGGGAAUGUUACCUUUGCAUACGCAGCGCAGCUGCAGUUGCAACCACCUCAGGGAGCGGCGAAGUUGCCGCUGGUGACGAGCGGAAUACCGUCGAGAUCGCAGUAGUUUGGCGAACGACGUCGAUGAGGGCCCCGGGUUUCCUCGGCUGGGACCGCGAGGAGGAGUUCAUGGACUGGCGGGAGGUGUCUCGAAAGGGGCAGGGGAGCAGCGACGCGGCGAGCGGGAGCCUGGUGGCCGGGCCUCAAUCGUCGAGCGGCGCGAAGAGCAUGCGGCCCAGGCGGCGUUCGCGCGAGGAGGCGCGCUCGAGGACGCGCGAGCAGGGCUGCGUGUUGGAGCAUCGCCGCGAGGAGGCCCGCUCGAUCGAUCGCCUCGAGUGCGAGGGGCGGGAGGCGAAGAGCGAGAUGAUGGACGGGGGCCACGCGGUCAUGAAGUCGAGAUCGACGUCGAGCGUGGGCACGUGGAAGGCGGAGCUGGAGAUGGGUGAAUCGAGGACCACCAGCAACAACCACUCUUCUAGUCUUUCCGGCGACGAGAGUCGCGCCAAAGUGAAGAGGUGCGCCAAGGUCGUCUCCUCGAUGACCAUGGAGAAGUGGAAGGAGACGGCCAGGUGCGAGACCAGGAGCAAAGCCCUCGCUCUCGAUGAUCUGAAGACACCGUCGAGGCUGGACGAGGCUGUUCUCGAGAAGAAGCAGGGCGGCGGAGCGGUUGGGGAAGCGGCCGAGAGUAGGUUGCACAGCUUGAGGAGCGUGGACGAGGUGGGGGAUGACGAGCUGCCCGCGUUCAUUGGCAAUCUUCUGGUCUCCGUCGAGAGGAAAAUCGAAAGGGUUUCCUUGGACGAUUUGACGUUCCCCUGCCCAGCGUGCAGGAAUAUCGACACCGACGAUCCGCUGCUGGGUUGUAGGUGCGCCGGUGAUGAUUGCGGCUGCGGCCAGGAUACCUGCGAUUGCUCGCCCAAGACGAGGAAGGAACAAUCGGCGAGGAGCUUCGAGAUCGCGGGUAUCAAGCACAUCGACAGCGACGACGAGGAGGAGGUGCGGAUGGGAUUCGGAACGAAAAAGAGAGUGGACGAUGUGGUAGCGCCCAGGACCAUUCACGACAUACCGGAACACGUUCUCACGUGUGGCCUCACGCUUCCUGGCUGCACGGACAUCCAUGGCAGACCCGUUCUCGAAUUCGAGGACGAGCCGUCCAGAAGGGAGGCCGCCCUCUCUGUCAAGGAAGUGUCAUCGUUUCUGCUCUACCUCGCCCGUUUACCCAGCUCCGACGUUACCAAGAAUGGAUUCACCCUUCUGGUUCGAGGACACGAAUGCUUGGAAUUUCUCGACAGGGUUCUGAAACUCGUCCAGGGACGAGCGAACAUUUCUCAAGCAAUAGUUGUGCAGAGUUGUGUGCUCGCCGAGAGCUCGAUCAAUUCGGAGCUACCUUUGAGCUGCGUCAAGACGACUAUCGUUGAUGAGGCCGCUUUGAGAGAACAUAUUCCCAGGCUGGAGCGGAGCCACGACCAGACGCAAUGGAUUGCGUUUUAUAAGGACUACGAUGGAUUGAUGACGGAAUGGCAAUCGGCUGGUCGCAGGCUCGCCCUCGAAAUGUCAGAACUGAAGGAGUGCACCACCCUGUCCGGCACGUUGACGCCUCUCGGUCGGCUCCUGACGGAUCCCUCAUUGAGAAGAACGUCUCGAGAUGCCGAGGAAGCGAUCGCUUCGCUAGAGGAACGCGCGGCGCCCCUCAUUCAUCUCGAUUACAUUAGAUUGUCGGUGAAACGGGCACGGAGGUUGGUGGAGGAGGUCGGGAACGCAGCCACCAGGCUCGAAUCAUCGUUCGAGUCCCGCCGCGCCACUAUAAGGAAUCUUGCGGUUCUCAGGAGCAUCGAGGACCAGGCGCACGAGGUGUUAUCUUGGUUUUGCAAAAAAGGCGAGGACGUGCUCACGAAACACGGGCAACACGCGGCGACCAACUUGACAGCGGCGCGACUUCACGAGAGGGAAUUCGAGAAAUUCUAUUUCACGUCGAUGAGACAUCUUGACAAAGGAAGCGACCUUGCCGAGGCGGCGAGUGCGAGCGGACUUCGCGAACUCGCAAGAUCCUUGAAGCAUCACCUUCGAGGAUUCGGUUCCCGGCUGGAGGACAGGCGCGAGUACCUCGAAGACACGUCGAGAUGUUGCCUGCUUCAAGACCGGGCGUACGAGUGGGCCCAGGAGGCACGCCUUGCCGGCGAACGAGGGGCCCAGCAGUUCCUCAUGGCCAGGCCACCCUUGCCGCCCGAGCAUUUCACCGAAAUGAUGGCACUCGCCGAGAAGCUCGGUAACGAAAUCCUUCUGGAACAAUGCCGCAUCGCCAGGAACAAGUGUGCGGAAGCGCUCGAGAUGGCGAGGACCACCUCCGCACCUGGCAGUCCCGCCAGAAGAAGAUCCUCCUCGGAGUCUGCCACCUCCUGGGAAGACAGUUUGACCAAGAGAACUUCGUGGGAUGACAGCGACAGUAAUGCAUCGUACGCUUGUCCCAUGGAGAGCGUAGGAUCGACAGGAAGCGGCGGUCGGCCUGUACUGGACAACAUUGCAGAGCUUCGAGAGAGCGCCGAACAGCUGCUCGAUUGCUCUCCACCACGAACGCCACCCCGAAGUCCUGCUCCUAGACGGCUGGUAAAGCCACCGGUGAACUCACACCUUCACAGAGCUGCCAGCAUCGCUCCUGGAAUGAAGGCGAAAAAAACAAUACUGCUCAUAAUGAGAGAAAUGAUACAGACCGAACGAGACUACGUGAAGUCCCUCGAAUACAUAAUAGAGAAUUAUAUUCCGGAGCUGGUGAGAGAGGACAUUCCUCAGGCGCUCAGGGGACAGCGCAACGUGAUCUUCGGCAACGUCGAGAAGAUAUACGAGUUCCAUGGUCAGCAUUUCUUACGGGAAUUGGAACAAUGUGAGCAGUCGCCAAUGAAUGUGGGGCAAUGCUUCCUUAGACACGAGAAGAAAUUCUAUCUUUACGCGUUGUACAACAAGAAACCAAAUUCGGAUUCCCUGAUGGCCGAGUACGGCACUGCGUUCUUUAAGCAAAAGCAGCUCGAGCUUGGUGACAAGAUGGACCUAGCUAGUUAUCUAUUGAAGCCAGUUCAACGAAUGGGAAAGUACGCACUGUUAUUGCAACAGCUGGUCAAAGCGGGCACUGAUCUCUCGGAACAAAUGUCCGGCAAAGACGACAAGGACGAGAAGGACGACGGUAUGAAGCCAAUAGUCGAGGGAGAAGCAGAACUGAGGGCAGCCGAACAGAUGGUACGAUUCCAGUUACGUCACGGAAACGACCUGUUGGCGAUGGAUUCACUGCGAGAUUGCGAUGUGAACGUGAAGGAACAAGGAAGACUACUUCGUCAAAACGAGUUCUUGGUAUGGCAGGGUAAAGGCAAAAAGUGCCUACGACAAGUUUUCUUGUUUGAAGACCUUAUCCUAUUUAGCAAAGCGAGAAGAUUCCCCGACAGGAAGAACCUCGAUAUCUACAUCUAUAAGCAUAGCAUCAAAACAACGGAUAUCGGGUUAACAGCCGUGAUCGCGGACUCACCUACAAAGUUCGAGAUUUGGUUCCGCAAGAGGAAACCAGGCGAUACGUACACAUUGCAGUGUGCAAGCGAAGAGAUUAAGAAAGCCUGGACGGAGGAACUGAGCAACCUUUUAUGGAAACAGGCGCUGCGAAACAGAGAAGUGCGCCUGGCGGAAAUGUCGAGCAUGGGCAUCGGAAAUAAACCUUGUUUGGACAUUAGGCCUAGCGCGGAUCAAAUUAAUGAUCGUUCUAUUAGUGUAGCUCAACUCUCGAAAACACCUAGAUUUAGAAACUCGAUAGCAGUAUCAAUGUCAGAGGAUUCGGGACGCUGCAGCAGAAGGCCGCACAGUGAUUCCGUGAGUUCAUCAUCGAGUAGCGGCGGAAGUAGCGGCCCUCCAACGACACUGAAUCUUGGUUUGGAUACAAGUCCUCGACCUCAUCAUCGCAGUACUACGCUCAAUAGCCAAUGUAGUGUUGAGAGUGGCAUAAUAGCUGAUAUUUCGAUCGUCUCGGAUGAUGGUGGCGAUGGAACUGAAAGAAGUCAUUGGAACUCUACUCUGGAAAGUCCCACCUACCAUUUGCCAACGACAUCGACACCUCUUCAAUCACCGACCAGCGCAACCGCGACAGCAACAGUUACCUCGGCUUCUUCGUCCGACACGAAUCUUACACCAUAUGAUCAAGACAUGUCUAUUAAUUUAUAAGUGUUACACCCUCUGAAAAAGAUGGCGUGACUCUGAUAUAGAAGAGUACAUAUAUAUAUAAUAUAUACGUGUUGUCGAUUCACUUGCAAGUUGUUUUAUAGUGAAUGCAGUGUGAUUCACCCGAAUUGCAUACAGUUUUCCAAUGGAAAGUGGCAACGUCUACGUAUAACUGAAUAGAGAGUAUUAGAGCGCGUAUUUUUCUUGGGCAAUCAUAGUUCGAUGAAUGACCAUGAGCUAUGAGUGAUGUGUAAAAUGGUGUGAACACACAGUCCAAUUAAAUUACUGUAUUACGCUUAUCACGUGAGUUCCGUAACAAGCGCCUCUUGCAAAAGAUUUAAAACGGAUCCUCCGUGUUACAAAGUUUGUAAAGAGGAACACACAUGCAUAUAUAUAUAUAUAUAUAUAUAUGCUCACACACAUUCACGGUAUACCUUUAUGUCCCAGACAGAAAGCUCAACUUUCAAGUGAAUUUAUCUUUUGAUACGCUUCGAAUUUCAUUGAUCUAUAAACGAUCGGAUAUAUAGUUAUCACGUCUGAAUUUUAUAAACCAUUGAUUUUUCAGAAGUAACGGCGACGUGUAUUUUCUUAUACUAUCUCCUCAAAUCCACCAACGUGCUCAAGAGAAAGAUCAUAAAUACAAAUGUGUUCCGACAGAAUCUAUAUGUGUAUAGCUGCAUGUUUCACAAUGUGCUGCAGUAUCGCAAACAGUAUGCACUGGUUGCCAUUAUUCUCAUAAACAUUGGCAUUCCUGAUUAAUCAGUGAUUGAGAAUAUUAUCUCGAAUUACCGACCAAUUUAUGUAUGGUACUUUUAUACUUUAUUUAUAUGUUUAGUGAAUAAAUAUUGAUAUUCCAUGUCCACAUUGUGUUCGCGCUUACUACUACGAAUUGAAGACGUAAUCGUUAAAUUACGUCAUAGUCGAGUAUACAAAGAUUUUUUUUUUUUUUUUUUUUUUUUUUUUUUUUUUUUAAUUUAUAACCUGAAGAUCGAUUGUUAUUUCAUAUCAUAUCAUUCUCUUCAGGAAUUCCAUUAAUAUCAAAAUCAUUGUUCGUCUUCUUGUCGAAUGCGUUUUCAACAAAAUGCGCGUCCGACAGAACACAUCCUUUCAGGAAUGUCAAAACAAUGCGCACACAUACAUACCACUUUGUAAUAUAAUGUAAUAUUAAAGGUUUAUACGAUAUAGCCACAAGUAAUAUAACCGAUAGUCUAAAUAUAUAUUAUUUCCAGAUUAUAUAUUAAAUAUAUAUAAUAUUAUAUUCUUUUUAUGUCAGUCAUUUGUAAAACCUUUUAUCACCUGUAGAUGUAAACCUAACUCUGGCCUGUACACAAAAGCCAAAUUCUAUCCUCUGUCUUUUUCUUUCUCUUUCUCUUUCUUAUUAUCUCUUUUUCUUUUUCUCUAUUUAGAAAAAAAGAGAAGCAAGCUACAUUUAAGUAAUAUUUCUUUUAUGAUUAUUAUUGUGUGGUCGUUUUAAAAAGUUUAGCUUAAGCUUAACUAUUAAGUUGCGUCCACACAAAAUAUGUUUUUCACGUUAGUUUCUUUCUAUCCAAGAAAUUUAUAAUUUUAACUGUGCAGGUUCGAUUAUGGUUCGUUGACUGAUAUUUUUUGGCAUAAAAUUGACAUAUAUCAUCGUAAUAUAUAUCGCAAUUUUCGUACGUAAUUCAAUUACAUAUGCGAUAAAAAGCUUUGCGUCUUGUUCCAAAUUAAAAAAUUCAAUCAAGAAUACACAAUCGCCUGUAUCGGUUUUGAUCAUAGUCAUGCGCUUAGUGAGCUCUAGCGACCGAAGAAAGUAAAAUCACAGCGCAUGUAGCAAUCAGUAAUUAUCCCGUUAUAUAAUUCUGUAUUGUUACUGCUUAAACAAGUCAGUCGAGAUCAAGCCAUUGUUAUUGCCAAGGUCUGCCAAGGUAUUUGAAUGAUAUCUUAUGGAUAAUGACCAAAUUCCGUUUAGUUCGUAUUUUGGGGUCGAUCGAAGAAUUUAAGGUAUAUUAGAAAAUGUAGUUGUAGAUUAUAGUUAGUUAAUGAAAAAAAAAAAAAAAAAAAA